AUCUGACGUUUAUUGUUUACAGUCGUCUUGUUUGUUUACACGGAGUGGAAAUGUCUGAAGAUGCCGAGAACAGUGCUGGAAAGCAAAGCGAUAAAACAGAAGGCGAUGGUGAACGUAAUGAGUCUGCUGAAAAGUGGAUCAUAGAGGCACAAACUAAAUUUAAGUCAUUGUCACUUGAUGAGCAGGUGAAGUUUUUUGGCUUUCUUUUAGAAGGAACAACUCCAGAAGUACGCUACAAAAUAUUUAAAGAAGUGCACAAAUACUUUCAUCAUGACAUACUAGUCUUUCUUCCAGUGGAAUUACAGGAGUACAUAUGUCAUUAUAUUGAUGUUGUAUCAUUGAUACAAGCAUCCUGUGUGAAUAAGGAGUGGAAUAGGGUAAUUGAUUCACUGAGUGAUGUCUGGCGGAGAAAAUACUUUUUGCUUGGAAAUAAGCAAAGAGGGAAAGAGGAAAGAGACUGGAAAGCAGCUUGUCUGAGAACACUAAAGUUGCGCACUGCUAUUUCCAAUGGCUCAGCAUAUCAUCAUCAUAAUGUGAGAGCAAUCUGUUUAAGCUCAGACCAAAUAACUGGAUUAGACUGUUGUAAGGACUUGUUAAUUGCUUGUUCUGAUGAUCAAGUUGGUGUCUGGAGUACUAAGGAUUAUGAACUGAUAAGCAUAUUUACUGUACCGUACCGUGUCUCAUGCCUGAAGAUAGAUAUUGGUGACAUUUUGGCGUGUGGUCACAGCUCAGGGCACAUUACAACGUGGUCAUUAAACUACAGAGAUCACGAAUGCAGACCAGCCUCGAGGCUCGAAUACCGUGGUCAUACUGGUGUGGUAAUUAGUGUCAGCUUAAGUGCAGAAAUUGACUUGUUGGUUAGUGGUGCUACAGACUAUACUGCCAAAUUGUGGUGUAUUAGCACCGGGCAGUUAGUGAGAACUAUAGUGGAACAAAGUCGCUGGAUUAUUCAGGUCACACUUUUGCCAGUAUACAAAGGAUCGAAUCCAAAAACUUUAUCUAAAGACAAAAAUUCCUUGCUUAUAAAAACAAGAGACCAAAUUAAAAUAUUUUCAUGGUGUGCAUAUUUUGAUUGUUGCCCUUAUGGUGAUGUGAAUUCAUUAGAAGAUGGUGUUGUGCAAUAUCCCUUGAAUGCUGUCCACAAUUUCCAAACCCCAGGAUGUUUUGUUCAAGGAGGAAAUGUUGUGUAUAUAAACCAAACAUUGGCACGAAGUGAUGAACCUGGAAAUGCUGAAAUUGUGUUUGAAAAUUUAGAGAAGCAGCAAUGCACCAAGAGAAUACGUUCCUUUUACAAAGUUCGGAAACUUUUAGCAGUUGGUGACAGGUUUGCUGUUUUGCUGCUACCACACUGUGACAAUUUCAUGUCCAAUCUCCUUAUAGUGGAAAUAAGUACAGGUGAAGUAGUGGGAGGAACUAUUGUGCCACAUUCCAGUUCAUCAACACCAGACCUGGCACAGAUCGUAAUGGGAGAUGAAGCGUGGCUCAGUGAUUUGAGUCAGCUGCAUCAUGAAGACAUUCUUUUGGCAGCUGGACUUUUCCAUGGCCAAAUUAGGGUUAUAACAUGGUACGAUCCCAACAGAAAAUUUACUGGUUAGAGGACUUUUAAAAGUGGAUACAAAUUGUAACAUUGUCUUGAAAGUCUCCAGAUGAAGAGGAGAUAGAGAACAAGUACAAGAAAGGUUGUGUAACCUAAUUGUCAACUGUAUUUGUUAUAAGCAUAGAAAGGAACAGUUCUCAUACUUCAUAACACAGUAGCUUAUCAUCAUUUUUCACACUGUAUUCUUUGGACACCAUUAACCAAAGCAUUACAUGUCAUUUUUUCAUAGAAGUAAAACAUAUGAUGUACUAAAAACUAUGUCUUCCCAAAAAUUGAACAGGUUGAAAGAUGUACUUUGUUUAAAUGUUACAUCUUAUUUGCUAUGAAUAAUGUGUAGCUUAUAUUAAGUUGUCUUUGUGGUCAAUUGGAGCACAAUCAUCAGUGAAAUCUGAAAAUGCUCGUAGUGCCUUUUCAUGUUGUUCCUAUAAAGAUUGAUUGCUGGACUGGAAAAUCAGCUCCAUAAGUAACAAAAACUAAUUUUAAAGUGCUCAUAAUCUUGCUGAAAUGUAGAAAAUAUCAGGAUUGGAGUGCUUUUGGUAAAGUAAAUAUUGUGUUCAAAAGAUGUAUCUGAAAAGGAAAGCUUACAAUUGCUGUGUAUUAGCAGUUUCCACUUGUGGCUCUGAGGCAGGAACUGUGAGCAGCAGACCAGCACACACCUGCUGGGAAUUACCGGAAAGGAAGGGAAGGGAAGGGAAGGGAAGGCAAGGCAAGGCAAGGCAAGAGAAGGGAAGGGGAGGCGAGGGGCAGGCUGGAGUCAAAGGUGAAGCACAGGUGGCAGAACAUGUAGCCAACUGAAUACUGGGCAGGUGGACUAAAGAAGUUGUUUGCUAGAUUCCAAGAGAUAAUAAAAGAUUGCAGCUAAGACCUACCAGGAGAAAUGACCUUAGGAAAUUUGCAAGAGCAACAUGGAUGCUAAUGUCAUAAGCCUGUAAUUCAUGGGAACUCCAGAAGAGUCUUUUAGCCGGCAGUGGAUAUUAAUAUCUGGUGGUGGUGGUGGUGAUGGUGAUGGUGAUGAUGAUGAUGAGGAUGAUGUUGAUGAUGAUGAUGAUGACUCUUCAGAUUAAUCAGGGACAUAUCAGUGAUUGGCAUAAUAAGAGCUGUAACUUUCCAUAGCCAAUUGCGUUUAAAGUUUGAUGGCAUUAUCCUAAAUAUCAAGAUUGUUGAUGAGUGGCCCAAGGAAAAAUGUGUACUUUAUGUUUCUAAAGUUCAUAUGAUAUAUCAGAUAAAACAAUUCAGUGGAUUCUGCUAAUUGACUUAUUAAUAAUUAAGAUGUGGCCUAUUGAUGUACUGAAUUUAGAAAAUAUUGCACACAUAUAAUAUUACCAGCUAGCUUUUUAUGGUUCCUGUUUUAAGUUUUUGUUAAAAAUGGGAAGAAUUGGAAGUAACUCAAGGCUCAGCUAGUUGUAUUUUUUUAUAAUUUUGAGAUCAUAUGUCUGUGAUAAUCUUUGUAUGGCUUAACAUUAGCCACUGCAAUUAGUAUUGUUGGUAGUAUAAAUCACAGUGAUCGAGCGCAAUAGUAGUUCUGACCUUGGAUUGCGUAAACAAUAAAUUUAUCUGCGAUAAAAUGUCAUCUUCUAAGUGAUGCAAUGAUGCAGUGUUGUUUACUUGUAAUAUGCUGUAAUAUGAAGAAACUUCACCAUAGAAGACUGUUCAAGUAAGUGUAUAAUGUUCCAGAAUUGGUUUACAGUGAGGAAUCUAAAUUUAUUUUGUGGUUCAAUACAUAUCGAGUAUGAGCUCAUUUCUCAUACGAAAUAAAUUAUUUUUGUCGCCAGUUACUUCCUAAUGAUUCUGUUUUCUUCUGCUAACCAUGAUGGGUUACACAAAUUUGUUUUCUGGUCCUUCACGGUAAUAGUUUGGUUACAGUGAUUUGUGUGUGAGUGAUUUAUUGCAUUUUUAUACUUUGCUUCAAGCAUAAUAAAUGUUGGUACUGCAGGAACUCACAUCACCCCCAGCAUGUUAAACACACACAUUGUCUGUCAAAUAUAAAAGCGAUGAGAAUAAGUUCUUGAAACAUUUUAUUCUGAGCACAGUAAAGCAGUAGUUGCGAAGUGACUGGUAACACAAUCCAUAAAUCCAUAAAUUGAAAAUGUUGAAGUAGUAGCAGCUUUUAAUUACAUGAUUAAUGAACUGGGAUUUGAACCUGUUGAAUAGACUAUCUCUGAGUAAAUGUUAUGGAGUAUGAAUGUAUAUUAUUUCAUUAAGAUAUAUGCAGGAGUAAAACUGGUCCAUCAUACACUUUGUAGCAUUGGCCCAUUACAUUUAUAGAGAUCAUAAGGAACAUUUUCAAUAUAUUUUGUACUGUUGCUUUGGCACGUAGGAAUUUCUGCUUCUGGGAAGUAAUGGUACAGUUUCAGUCAGCACAGAGAAGAGCAAUG